UUUUAUUUUAUUUUUUUAACAUGUCAAAACAAUUGAUUGCCUUUACAGAUACGUCAGAUCAAGAUAGUAAUAACCUGUUUGAGAUCUAUUUGCCCUGUCCACGAUCAAGUAGACGAUCUAUUUAUUUUCAAAAUAAUAAAGGUCAACUAUAUGAAGUGCAGAACGUGAAAGGACCCGGUAGAAAGGCUUCUUUUUUGAUUGACAGCUAUAUCUAUAAAGACGGUGCUGUUCGCUUUAUUACUCGUAUGGAUCCAUUGUUUAUGGCUCUCCCUAUCUUAAACCAAGUGUACAAAAAAGAUGACAGCAAAUUUAACACCUUAGAUGUUAUUUUUAGUCGAGAGAAUAUAAACUUAGAAUUAGACUUAGAUAGUGAUGAAGAAGAAGAAGAAAAAUUUGAAGCCUACUCGCAACCUAUUGAUGUCCAUCGUUUGAUCACUUUAUCAGGAUUUACUGAACAAUUAGCUCAUAUGUGCGAUAUAAAAGAGGUUGUAUCUGGCUUGUUUGUAUAUAGAUUAAAUCCAAAACUUGCCUUAGACUGGCUUACCAAAAAAGUAGAUCAAAUUUUGUCAAAGCAAGCAUUUCAAACUGCUUUUGAAUCUACAAAGCAAGACCAGGAUUUAAUGAAAUUAGAAGCAGUAUAUAUUAUCUCAAACUAUUUAAACAAAGAAUGGUUCGACAAGUUAUUGAAUCACUUUAAUCUGAUUGAGCCCAAAGAAAAAGAGGCAGAACUGUUGACUAACUAUGCUACGAAUGCAUCUCCAGCUGCCUUUUUUAAAAGAGUUCAUCCAGAUGAAAUGCUGGUCAAUAGUUCAGUCGCGAAGAAAAAGAAACCUGAUGUACCAAGAAGCUUAUCCAAAGUGAAUACCAAAGGCAUGAAAUCCCUUACAAGCUUCUUUACUACAACCAAAAAACAAUAAAUAAACGCAUGUUUUAGAUGAAGCAAUAUUUUAUUCGACAUAAACAUGUAUUUAUACGUGAC